AUGCGUGCCAUUAUUUCUGAUCUGCAGCGAGCCGUAUUUCAAGUAGCAGAUGAACGUUUAGUUGCAGUUGCUAAUAUUGUUCGUGUCGACAAUAAAAAACGACGAAAGCCAACAUUCCUUUGCCUUACUGUGACUACGGAUCAACCAAUAGCUGUACGUCUAUAUUUUGUUAGAAAUGAGAAGGAAGAUUAUUACAAGAAGAAAAGACAAUUCACAUUGCGAGAUGUGAAGACAGUUGAUGGUAUCAACCCACGGAAGUUGACACCGGAGUUCGAAUUGGUUGUUGAGGAUCGUUUGUUCAGACUUUGUGCUUCCACAACUGAAGAGAAAGAUUCAUUCAUCAAGCAGUUGUAUAAGUUUGCCAAUAAAUACCUCCCGGUACAGAAACCGGAUUUUGUAAACGUUCCGAUUCCUGUUGAAACACCGCACACAGCCGUUAUAGCAGAGCAAGUUGAUGGUGAUACCGAUGAAGGGUUAGUUGAUUAUCAGCCAAUAUCUAUUAAAGAGGAAGCUGAUUUUCGUCGUCUACUUGCCCGUGCUAAUCUUACAAUCGGUGAAGCGGAUAAAUUUGCCACAGUGCUUGCAUCACAGCUUCAACUUCUAGAUGGUGCAAACAUACAGUCCAUUAUGGAUAGUGAAGCUGCUGUGAACGAUCUUAUUGCACUUGUUGAAGAUGCCUUGGAAGAAGCUGAUUUCUUGGAUAAGGAGCUUGACAGCUUCGAUGAAUUACUUUAUCAUGUACGCGAUAGCGUUGAAUUGAUCGAAGAAAAAGAUAGCCUUGGAUGUGUUGAACGGAAAAAUACUCGAGUCUUGAAAGAUUUCUUAUUGGAAUUGGUGACAAAUGUAGAUAUCGUUAGUGAAGAUCACAUGCGCGCAUUACAGAAUGCGAACUUGUCCGAUCCUGUAAGUAUUAGUCGAUGUUGUGCUGCGGCACGUGCUUUACAAGCUUAUUCAGCAGCAAAAGUUGAUCCAUCAAUGCAUUUAAUGAUGGCAUAUAGGGAAAGAACUGAGCAGUUAAAUCAAUUAACUGACUGUUUUAUCGAGAAACUGAUGGCACACAUGUCAGCAUUAUUCUCAAAUUUGAACGAUUUGAUAGAAGUAUCAGAUUGGCAUGAAAUUGCAAUACGAAAACAGUCUGAAAGAUUUCAUGCGCUACGACCAUUUUCGGAUUUGAUGGGUUGGUUGAAAUUGGUUAGACAAGGUGCGUAUCAAACUCUUAUACAGAGGUAUGUACAGAAUACGAAGUUGAUAUACAAGAAGGAAUUUGAGCGCUUCUUUGAAAGUGUAAGUAGUGAACUGAACAAAAUUGUCAAUUUCGAACGCAAAGCCACUCUUCGAGGUUCUGACACAAUGAAAUCUGUAGCCGAAAGAACUUUAUCUGUUGAAAGUAAAAUUGAUUCGAAAGAAGUCAUUAGAUUGGUUGAAAUCGUGUUGGGUGAAGUUGGCCCAGUGGUUGAGUCGGAACAAAAGUUUUGCACAAGAUUUUUUCAUAUGGCCGGUGAUCUUUUGGCUGCAUUAGAAACUCAGUCCACAUCAAGCGGAGAUAGUGGUGGUAUGGGAAAAAAUGUUGAAAAACAAAUCACUGACCAGGUGCGUGCGAUUUUGUCUCCGUUAUUCGAGCCUCUACAUGAUCAUUUUGAUAAGUUUAUCAAGUCCUGCUGUCGAUUGCAACCGCCGUUUGUGUUUGUGAUGUUUGUGUUCUUGUCGAAAAAGGCACUUUCGUUGCAAGAUGCGUCAUCGUAUUUUUCUGUCAUGGUUUUCGGACGUUUGGUUGUGCUGGUUAAAAGACAAAUGGAUGCAUAUUUGGAUGGUAAAUCUUACCAGUUGGCUGAGAUCAAAAUUUCAAAAAGAAUACGGAUUGGUAUUCUGGAAAGUGUUUACCAGUUUGCGGAAUUGGCUCGUACAACAGAAUCAGCUUUUGCUGGAACUGAACGUCGAGCUGACCUUGACCGGUGGUAUGUACAGCUUAUAACUUCUUUGAAAGAUGGGAUCGAAUAUAUUGCUACAUCACCAUUUUCGAAAUCGCCAGCUGCAGUUGUUCGAUUCGAAAAUUAUCAUCAUUUGUAUUCUGUUUUAUCGGAACUGAAAAUCGAUUGCUUAGAUUCGCAAAGGAAAGAAGCAAAAAAAGCAUAUCAAGAUAAUAUACAGAUUUAUGUGAAAGAAUUGAUGGGAAGACCGCUUGAGAAAAUACAUCACUUUUUCGAAUCAGUAGAAAAUGCCAUUCGACAAGGAAUCAAGCCAGAGGAAGUAGCAUUUCACCAGCAGUUUAGUCGAGCAGAACUAAAGAAGGUGAUAUCACUUUAUCCGGAAAAGGAAGUGAAAAAAGGACUGGAACAGUUAUACAAGAAGAUAGAAAAACAUCUAAUUGAUGAUUCGCCGUUACUACAAGUUGUUUGGAGAAAUGUGCAGGAUGAAUUCCUGAAACAACUGAAACAUUACAAUGAAGUAAUGGGACAGUGUUAUCCGAACUCACGAAUCGAUCUUGAAGUAUCUAUCCAAGAUGUUCUGAGCUAUUUUUCUCAGUUCGCUAUGCAACACUGA